UUGCCUCGUCUCUCACUCCAUCGUUCUCUGUUCCCUUUCGCUUCUCUCUCUCUCUCUCUCUCUCUCUCUCUCUUGAGAUUUUCCGUCAAAAUAGAAUCGAAGAGGAAGAGAGGAUAAAAGCAAACAAAACAAGAAAGUACAAAUUUUUUUCAGAUACAUAACUUCUCCGUCUAAAUCCUCUGUUUCAUUUCUUCUUCUUCUUCUUCUCUGUUUCAUAUAAUAAGAAACAGACACGAACACACACACACAAACACUGUAUCUUUGCUUCUGUCUCUAUCUCCACAGAGUAAAAGUUCUGAUCGUGUCUCUUAUCGUUUACCCAUCUUCUCGAUCUCGUCUCUUCUGCAGUUUGUUGGUUCCUCUCCAAGUUUUCAGAAAGGAACUGUUUUUUUAUAGUCUCUGCCCUUAGAGUAGGAGAAAGAUUAGAACAUUUUGUGAGAGAGAUGGGUAAUAAGCUGGUGGGGAGGAAGAGGCAAGUGGUGGAAGAAAGAUACACAAAGCCACAAGGCUUGUAUGUGAACACAGAUGUCGACAUUAAGAAACUUAGGAAACUCAUUGUUGAGUCUAAGCUUGCUCCUUGCUAUCCUGGAGACGACGAGAGCUGCCACGAGCUCGAGGAAUGCCCCAUUUGCUUCCUGUACUAUCCUAGCCUCAAUAGAUCAAGAUGUUGCAUGAAAAGCAUUUGUACAGAGUGUUUUUUGCAAAUGAAGAAUCCUAACUCAGCUCGGCCUACUCAGUGCCCUUUUUGUAAAACACCAAACUAUGCUGUUGAGUACCGUGGAGUAAAGACCAAGGAGGAGAAGGGCAUGGAACAAGUUGAAGAGCAAAGGGUAAUAGAAGCGAAAAUAAGGAUGAGGCAGAAAGAAAUGGAGGAUGAUGAAGAGAAGAUGCAGAAACGUAUGGAAUCAUCAUGUUCCUCUAGCACAAGCGCAGUGACUGGUGAAAUGGAAUACGGUUCUGCUGCUUCAGCAAUAUCUUAUAAUGAUCCCAUGGAAGACGCUGAAACUUCUUCAUCACAGAACGUCUCAGUUGCUAGACAGCGCUCCCGCCGCCCUCGAGGAAACAGGGAUGAUGAGGUUGAGGCUGAUCUUGAAGAGUUAAUGGUCAUGGAGGCAAUAUGGCUCUCCAUGCAGGAAACAGGGACGCAGAGAGAUUCAGGUGGUGGAGAAGUGACACCUUUUAGGCAGUAUGUAUCAGAAGAAGAUCAUAGUUAUGCAGAACCAGCAACGCCGUCUUCAUCAUCUGGUGGACUUCCUUGUGCAAUCUCUGCACUUGCUGAACAACGCCAGCAAAUGGUUGGUGAAUCCUCCAAUCACAAUCACAAUCACAACGUCAACGUUUCUUCGUACAGUAUGCUUCCUGGCAACUGCGACAGUUACUACGACAUAGAACAAGAGACAGAUGACAUUGACCACCACCAUCAUCAUCAUCAUCAUCAGCAGCAUAAUUAUUACCAUGGCAACACCGAGAUGGGAGAAACGGGGAGCAGCUCUUCUUACAUGAACGGCAGCGAGAGCUUCCACAAUUUUCCUCUUCCACCACCUCCUCCUCUGGUGAUUGCUCCAGAGAGUUUUGAGGAGCAGAUGAUGAUGGCUAUGGCUGUGUCUUUGGCGGAGGUUCAUGCCACGACCACCACAAGUGCACCAACUGAAGUUACUUGGCAAUAA